ACAGGUCGAGGGCACAGAUAUUGGGAGGGUUGGGUAGUUAGCUACAUACAAGAAAACAAACUUUGCCUGCUAAGAUAUCUUGUUCACUGAAUUGUCACAUCGUCUUCUCUCCCAAUAUAAUCUGCCUAACUAUAUCCAGCUACCUAAUUCGGUUUAUUUGGAUGUUGUAUGCUAGGCUAGCUAGCUUGUUAUUAAGGGUGAAAUACAAUAACUGCUUUUUUUCUACAACAAGCACGUUCCUUGGUCGCAAUGUUAGCUAUAGGGAACCGUCAAUAAAUUUGCUGGAGUCCUUUGUGGACCACUGGAAAGGAAUAACUAAUUAUUACAUUGAAACUACAGAUGAAACAAAGCCUGCAAAACAGACGGACAUUCCCUGGCGUCUCAAACAGAUGCUGGAUAUACUGGUUUAUGAGGAGGAGCAGCAGGAGUCCGAGGAGACAGGGCCUUGUAUGGAGUAUCUCCUACAGCACAAACUACUAGAGACCCUCUGCACCUUAGGCAAAGCACAGUACCCACCGGGAAUGAGCCAGCAGGUCCUGGCCUUCUUUUCCAAGCUCCUAACACAAAUCCAGCAGCCAAUGCUUCACAUCAUCAAUGUGCACAGACCAGUCCAGAAGCUUAUUCGGUUAUGUGCUCACCCGGGGUCUCUCACAGAGAAGGAGGAGGCCCAGUUUCUCUUCGUUAUUUGCUCCAGACUGAAGCAAGAUCCUUACGUGCUCAAUUAUAUCCUCGAGAUUAGGAGAGAGUCGCCCAUUAAGAAGAGCAGUUCUACCUCAGGAGAUGAUGCGGGUAUACAGAGUGCUGAAGCCCCCAGCCCAGAGAAAGGCCCCACCAGCCCUCUGCGAGGCUGCCCAGCCCCUGACACCCUGCAGAGCGAACAACCGGGCCCCUCCUCUUCUCCACGGCAACCCCCAAACCCCACCUGUCCCUCCAACAACGACCUCAUCCACGCCUUAAUUCACUUGACUAAAAGCCAGAAAAGCAGGGUUGCUCUAAAAGCCCAUGAGAGUCUGUCGGUCCUGGUUAACCUUCCGAAGCAGGAGACGGCCGCGUGCCUGGCCGAGAGCACCUCGCUGUGCCAGCUUUUGGCUGGCAGACUGUGUGAGCUCUACAGCAUGGUACCCUCCUCCCUGGACCCCACAAACCUCCACGGCUUCCCACAGAUUCACUGGAGGGAUCGGUUCUCUCAGGGAUGUCCAGAGAAGACUUUGACGUUUCCUGGCAGUGAGCACGUAGUUGCGUUUCUGGGAUGGUUAGACUACUGUGACAGCCUGGCAAAAGAAGCACAAAAGGUACUUUCUGUGAAAUUGGCCAAAGCGAUUCACCACCAGUGGCUUAUGGCAGUCGUGCAGCCUCAGCUGCUCCAGAUAUCGGAGGCGGGCAUUCUGGUUACCACGGCGCUGCUGUCCUGCAUCGUGCGUCAGAUCGGCGCCCCCGCCCUGCUGGACGAGCUGGUGCUCUUCCUCCUGGGGGAGCAGUCGCAGAGCGAGCUACGCAUGGACACGGAGAGCCACGCGCUCCGCUACCAGCUCAUCGAGCGCUGCGACCACAUCUCCGACGAGAUCAGCCUGAGCACCCUGCGUCUCUUCGAUGAGCUGCUGCAGAAACCGCACGAGGGCGUUGUGUUCAACCUGGUCCUCAGGAACCUGGAGCAUCGCGGCUACGUCUCGGCCCUGCCGGGGGGGGCGGAGGACAGACACGCAGCCGACCCCGAGCCCCUGGAGGAGUCCGUAGAGCUGGAGGAGGACCCCUUCUUCACGGACAUGUACCCCCAGGACGAGUUCAAUUCCUCGGAGCAGCUGCUCUCUCUGCCCCCACGGCAGGUGGAGCAGCGUCAGAGUGGGCAGACGCGGGUAGCCGACAUCGUGAACAGUUUCCUUUGCCUGGUUCCUCAAGAGGCAAGAACCUCUCAGCAUGUCCAGGGUGCGGGAUACGACACUUACGUGCACGAUGCCCAUGAACUGUUUAAAGAAUGCACAGCUUUUUCGCUGCAGUGGGGUUGGCCGGAGUCUCCCAAAGCCCCUGAGCCCCUUCCUGCGGGUUCGGACUUCUACGAAGGCCACUUCCUAAAAGUCCUCUUCGACAGGAUCGCCGGGAUCCUGGAGCAGCCUUACGAGCUGAACCUGCAGGUGACCUCGGUGCUGUCCAGGCUGGCCGUCUUCCCCCACCCCCACCUGCACGAGUACCUGCUGGACCCUUACAUCAGCCUGGCCCCUGGGAGCCGCUCGCUCUUCUCCGUGCUCAUCAGGGUGAUUGGUGACCUGAUGCAGAGAAUCCAGCAUAUCCCCAACUUCACCGAGAGGCUCGUGCACAUCAGGAAACAGCUGAUGGCCCUGGAGCCCGAGACGCUAACAGAUCACGUGACCCUGCUGAAGGGGGUGAUUGUCCUGGAGGAGUUCUGUAAGGAGCUGGCCGCGAUCGCGUUCGUCACACUCUCGCUGGAGGAACACUGACACGACACGGCGUCCCGUCGCACUGGGGAUUCUGUAAGAACGUUCAGGAGCAGUGUCCUGUCAAUGUCUCAAACAGACUGCUGCUUAUUCGUGUAGUUUGCACAAUGUCGUGACAUCACGGCUGACAUCACUGUGAUGGACAGCGGAUCCACAGGAUUACCUUCCAGUUUUGGAGGCUUUAGGUACUACAAAGGUCAUUGCACAUCCUUACCUUAAGUAAUGGUACUAUCAAGACCGUGCUUGUUUUGUUUUUGUGUGUUUUAACUUUGAGUGCUUUAUCAAAUUAUGUAAUAUAUGAAUAGUUAUCUGAUGCAAAUAUUUUAUUUAUGUAUUUUAAUCUAACCAGUAUGACAUCAUUCAGAAGUGAUAUUUAUCAGGAAAAAAAAUCUUAAAUCCAGAGGCCAUUUUUGGGAAAAAUAAGCAAUACUGUACAUUUUUUGUCAAUGCUUUAAAGUGCAUUGGGAUGCAUUUUGUCUUUCUGUUAUUUGCAUUUUGAUCUUCACACUUGGGGUGUUCUUUCCCUUUGAGGAAGGGAAGUAUGUGCGUCUCUUGUCUUUCCUACACUGUGGCUGGGUUUCUGCAGCCACUUUCCCUUGUACAGUUUUUAAAAUUCCCCAAUGCAAGAGCAUUAAACUCCAAAGGUUGUCCAUUUUA